GAAAUGUGUAACAGAUUAACGGGUUUCAAGACAAAGGGCAAAGUUGGGAGAAACAAAUUAACGACCCCCUCUGUUUUGUCAUUCGUGGCUGCUCUGCAUGUUCCAUGUAGUUGUUAUUAGCUAAUUGCACGCAUAUACAGAAUCACAAACUAACAAACAAAACUAACUCCCCGCCCCUUUCUGCAGAGAAAAUCCGCCAGCGCCAUUGCCAUUUCCAUCCACUCCCGAUUUGAGAAGAGGGAGCCAAAAUCGCAUGAAACUGGAAAAUUUUCAAAGGAUUUUUUCUUAGCACCUUCGACAGCAGCUUUCUGGUGUAAUAGACAAUGUAAAAUCUAUCGACGAUCUUCUUGCUUGAUCUGGAUUUGGAAAGAUGAGUGUUGUGUCCUCGAUUGUGGUUGGAUCUCAUGUUUGGGUUGAAGAUCCUGAGGUAGCUUGGAUUGAUGGGAAUGUGUUGGAAGUCGAUGGCGAGGACAUUAAAGUAAACUGUACAUCAGGGAAGACGGUUAUAGCCAAGGCAUCUAAUGUCUACCCAAAAGACACUGAAGCUCCUUCUGGUGGUGUGGAUGAUAUGACAAAGCUUGCCUAUCUGCAUGAACCAGGAGUUUUGGAGAACUUAAAAUGCAGAUAUGCCUUCAAUGAAAUUUAUACUUACACAGGUAACAUAUUGAUCGCUGUGAACCCUUUUAAAAGGCUGCCUAAUCUAUAUGGAAAAGAUGUGAUGGAACAGUAUAAAGGAGCUGUGUUUGGAGAACUUAGCCCCCAUCCCUUUGCUAUUGCAGAUGCUGCUUACAGGCAGAUGGUGAAUGAUGGGAUAAGCCAGUCAAUUUUGGUUAGUGGAGAAAGCGGAGCUGGCAAGACCGAAAGCACAAAAAUGCUUAUGCAGUACCUUGCUUAUAUGGGAGGUAGAGCUGCUUCUGCUGAGGGGAGGUCUGUCGAACAGAAAGUCCUUGAGUCAAAUCCCGUUCUUGAAGCAUUUGGAAAUGCAAAAACAGUGAGAAACAACAAUUCAAGUCGCUUCGGUAAAUUCGUUGAGAUUCAAUUUGACAAAAGGGGAAGAAUUUCUGGUGCUGCUAUCAGAACAUAUCUGCUGGAAAGAUCUCGUGUUUGUCAAGUGUCCGAUCCUGAAAGAAAUUACCACUGCUUCUACAUGCUUUGUGCUGCACCACCUGAGGAUGUUGAAAAAUACAAAAUGGAAAACCCUAGGAAAUUUCACUAUCUGAACCAAUCCAACUGCUACGAAUUGGAUGGAUUGGAUGAAUCUAAAGAAUACCUUGCUACUAGGAGGGCUAUGGAUGUUGUAGGAAUCAGUCCUGAAGAGCAGGAUGCAAUUUUUAGAGUAGUGGCUGCAAUACUUCACUUGGGUAACAUUGAGUUUGAAAAGGGAAAUGACCCUGAUUCUUCAGAACCCAAGGAUGAUCAAUCUCGUUACCAUCUUAAGGUUGUAGCUGAACUUUUCAUGUGUGAUGAGAAGUCAAUCGAGAACUCCUUGUGCAAACGCAUCAUGGUAACUCGUGAUGAGACUAUAACAAAGUCCCUUGAUGCACAAGCUGCUGCGAUCAGUAGGGAUGCUCUGGCAAAAACGGUCUAUUCUAGACUAUUUGAUUGGCUUGUGGACACGAUAAACAAUUCCAUUGGUCAAGAUCUUGAUUCCAACCAUUUAAUUGGAAUUCUGGAUAUUUAUGGAUUUGAGAGUUUCAAGACAAACAGUUUUGAGCAAUUCUGUAUCAACUUGACAAAUGAAAAACUGCAACAACAUUUCAACCAGCAUGUCUUCAAGAUGGAGCAAGAAGAGUAUACAAAGGAAGAAAUUGAUUGGAGUUACAUAGAGUUUGUUGAUAACCAGGAUAUUCUUGAUCUCAUAGAAAAGAAGCCCGGGGGAAUCAUUGCUCUUCUGGAUGAGGCCUGCAUGUUCCCGAGGUCAACACAUGAGACCUUUUCUGAAAAGCUCUACCAGACCUUCAAAGAUCACAAGCGUUUCAGCAAGCCAAAAUUAUCACGGACUGACUUCACUGUUUGCCAUUAUGCUGGCGAUGUGACGUACCAAACUGAUUUAUUUUUGGAUAAGAACAAAGAUUAUGUUAUUCCGGAGCAUCAGGAACUCCUCAGUGCUUCAAGGUGUUCCUUUAUCUCAGGCUUGUUCCCACCCUUAGCUGAAGACACUUCUAAAUCAUCCAAGUUCUCCUCUAUUGGUACCAGAUUUAAGCAACAAUUGCAAGCAUUGCUUGAGACACUCAGUGCCACAGAGCCUCACUACAUUCGUUGUGUUAAGCCAAAUAAUCUUCUAAAGCCAGAGAUAUUUGAGAAUCAAAAUGUACUUCAGCAGCUUCGAUGUGGGGGAGUUAUGGAGGCAAUUAGGAUAAGCUGCGCUGGGUUCCCUACUCGGAAACCGUUUGAUGAAUUUGUUAUUCGUUUUCGUAUCCUUGUUCCUGAGAUUCCGAGUGAUAGUUACGAUGAGAUUGCAGUUUGCAAAAGAAUUUUAGAGAAGGCUGGUCUAAAAGGUUAUCAGAUUGGCAAGACAAAGGUGUUUCUUAGAGCUGGUCAGAUGGCAGAAUUAGAUGCUCACAGAAAUGAGGUCCUUGGAAGGUCUGCAUGCACUAUCCAGAAAAAUGUCCGCAGAUAUUAUACCCGCAAAAGUUUUAUCCUGCUGCAGGGUUCAGCCAUACAAAUCCAAGCUGUAUGCAGAGGUCAACUUGCUCGCAUCCUCUAUGACCGCAAGAGGAAGGAAGCAGCUUCUCUGAUGAUCCAGAAGUAUGCACGAAUGCACCUUUCAAGGAAAUCUUAUAGGUUGCUGUGGGAUUCAGCCAUUUUAAUACAGACAGGGUUGCGCCAAAGGGCCGCUCAUAAUGAGUUCAAAUAUAGAAAAGAAACAAAAGCUGCCAUUUUAAUUCAGAGACAUUGCCGUGGACACUUGGCACACCUUUAUUAUAGGAGGGUUGAAAAAGCUGCAAUUUCCACACAAUGUGCAUGCAGGGUAACACUUGCCAAAAGAGAACUACUCAUGCUUAAAAUGGCUGCAAAAGAAGCAGAUGCUCUGCAAAAGCAAGUUGAAGAGCUAACUGAGCAAUUACAAUUGGAGAAGCAAAUGAGGGCUGAAAUGGAGGAAUCCAAAAGCCAGGAAAUUUCCGAACUGCAGUCUGCAUUAGAAGAAAUGAAGAUUCAGUUAGAAGAAUCCAAAAGGUUGAUCAAUCAGGUAGAAAAUAUUGAAAAUGUUGCUGGUAAUGACCAGGACAAAACCUUGGAAAAUGCAAAAAUACAGUUACCAGGAAAGACAGCUGAACAAGCGCCUUUUCCAAAAGUGGUCAAGGUUGAUGAUCAUGAUGAUCAAGAAAUGAUCAAUAAACUUAUUGCUGAAAAUGUGAAGCUUAAGGCUUUAGUUACUUCACUAGAGAAGGAAGUUGAUGAGACAAACAAACUUAGUGAAGAGAGGUUGAAGCAGGUUAUGGAGGCAGAAUCCAAAGUAAUUGAUUUAAAGACCAACAUGCAGAGGAUUAAUGAGAAACUUUUGGAUAUGGAAACUGAAGUCCAGAUACUCCGACAAGAAGCAUUGUUGAAUCCGGAGUCCAGAAGAACGUCAGAACAUCUUACAGUAGUCCAUGAGCUUUCAGCAAAUGGUGACCGAGAAUCUGAAAUGGUAUCACCUAGUGAAUCUGAUAAAGAGCUGAGCAGAUCCCAAAACGAGAGGCAGCGGGAGAAUGUUGAUAUUAUUAUUAGAUGUACAUCUGGAUAUCUUGGCUUCAGUGAAGGAAAACCAGUUGCAGCGUUUACAAUAUACAAAUGCCUUCUUCAUUGGAAAUCCUUUGAAGCAGAGAAAACUAAUGUAUUUGACCGCCUUAUCCAGAUGAUUGGUGCUGCUAUAGAGGAUGAGUCAGACAAUGAUCACAUAGCAUAUUGGCUGUCAAACACAUCUAUGCUGUUGUUUCUGCUUCAACAGACACUAAAGGCUACUGCUUCGACUCCUCUUCAACCUUCCCAACCAACAUCCUUUUUUGGAAGGGUGUUUAGGUCAUCUUUCACUUCAUCCAGCCUUUCAAUUCGAGGGCUUGAUAGCAUCCGGCUGGUUGAAGCAAAGUAUCCUGCUUUGCUAUUCAAGCAACAGCUCACUGCCUAUGUAGAGAAGAUCUAUGGAAUCCUUAGAGAUAACAUGAAAAGGGACCUUUCACAACUACUUUCUACAUGUAUCCAGGUUCCUCAAACAAAUGGAAACUCGCCAACCACUCCAUGGCAAAGCAUCACUGGGAGUCUUAAUGGGCUUCUUAAAGCACUGAAAGGAAAUUAUGUGUUUCCCUUUCUAAUCCAGAAUAUUUUUGCGCAAGUUUUUUCACACAUGGAUGUACAAUUAUUUAACAGCCUCCUUAGCAAAGAUGACUGCAUUAACUUAAAAAAUGGGGAAUAUAUCAAAAGCGGGUUGGAUGAAUUAGAAAGUUGGUGUGAACAGGCAACUAAAGAGUAUGUCGGUUCCUCUUGGGAUGAAUUGAAGCAUGUAAGGCAAGCUGUAGGAUUCUUGGUUCUGCAGGACAAAGCGAAAGUUUCCUACAAUGACCUGACAACUGACUUGUGCCCAAUUCUGAGUAGCCAUCAGCUGUAUAGAAUAUGUGCGCAUUGCUCGGAUGAGAACAAUACUGAAACUGUGUCCCCAGAUGUAAUUUCCAACAUCAAGGUACUAUUAGCAUCAGAAGGUUCAGAAGACACCAGCAGUAAAUCUUAUUUGUUGGAUGAAAAUUUGAGCAUCCCCUUCUCAGCUGAUGGCCUUAAGAUUUCCCUCAAGGAUAUUGAUUUUAUUGGGGUAAAACCUGCUGAAGAACUGCUUGAGAAUCCUUCCUUUGAAUUUCUACGUGAAUAAUUACAGUAGCACUUUUCUUCAUAAAUAUUAUCAAAACACCAGCCAAAGGUUUUCCAUAUAUGCAUAU